AUGGAUACAAAAUUAGAUCCUAUUGUAAAUGAUGGGUCAGAUCAUAGCGUUAAAUAUGAAUAUAAGAGACAAUUGGUUUGGCGUAAUAUAAUCCUAAUGUUUUUAUUGCACUGUUCAGCCGUGUAUGGCCUAUAUCUGGCAAUUUAUGACUGUCAGUGGUCAACAUUCAUCUGGGGUUACUUUAUUGCUAUAUUUUCGGGAACACUUGGUAUUCAGUGUGGAGCACAUAGACUUUGGUGUCACCGGACAUAUAAAGCCAAACUUCCGCUACAGAUAUUGUUAGUGAUCUUCAAUACGAUGGCACUCGAGAAUGAUAUCUUUGAGUGGAGUCGCGACCAUCGUCUGCACCACAAGUUUUCAGACACCGACGCCGAUCCACAUAACUCUCGGAGAGGAUUUUUCUUCUCACACAUCGGUUGGUUGCUCUGCAAAAAGCACCCGGAGGUCAAAGAAAAGGGAAAAACACUUGAUAUGACUGAUUUGCUAAACAACCCAUUGAUUCGCUUUCAACGAGCAUUUUAUAUACCAUUGGUUAUUGUGUUGUGGGGUUUAAUACCCACAUAUAUUCCAUACUAUUUUUGGGGCGAAUCCCUAUUCAAUGCAUGGUUUACGUGUGUAAUAUUACGCUAUACAUACACUUUGAACAUCACGUGGUGUGUCAAUAGUGCCGCACAUUUGUGGGGAAUGAAACCUUACGACAAUAGCAUUGCACCGGUUGAGGCAAAUAUGAAAAAUUAUUUAAUGGGCGAAGGCUUUCAUAACUAUCAUCACGUAUUUCCCUGGGAUUACUCGGCCAGUGAGUUGGGAACGUGGGAUACCUUCAAUCCGGCCACAACUUUCAUUGACUUGUUUGCGUGGAUCGGAUGGGCAUAUGAUUUGAAAAGGGCGUCCAAAGAUGUGGUCAAUAAUAGACAAUCUAAGACAGGAAACAGUAAUUUUAAGCACACGUCUACUUCAGUGGAGUACAUGAAAGGACUGUCGAUAUUGACACUUCCUUUUUGGACUUUUCCUUUAAUUAGAUACAAUAUCUGGACUAUUAUAAAAUUUGUGUUCACGAGUGUGACUCAGAUAACAUUAGACUCUCAUCAAAGAUUGUACGCUAUAACCAGCACAAUCCAAUCAAAUAUGAAAUUUUUGUAA